UUCCCUCUAUAUAUUUUCUCACUCUUUAUCUACCACCAUCUCCACCGACCUGACCAAUUUUCAGCCUUUGACCACCAUUGACCGCCGUUGACCAUCGUCCACAGAAUCAUCUCCUCCACCCACCAUUUAUACAACCUUGCUUCCACCUUAUUUUCUCCCUUGUUUUAUUAUGUUUUGCCCAAAAAAGGGAAAAAAAAAAGUUCCAUAAUAAAACCACUAACUCCACCGAAAUUUGGAAGACGGUCAAAAGACUCAAAACCACCGAAAAUCUCGAAAACAAAAUCAAAACCGAAUUUAGGUCCAACCACCGAAAACCGGUAUACUAUACCACCGAAAUCAAAUUCCCUGUUAUAUCUCGGUUAAUUCUAGGUGAAGACGUCCAUUUUACGCCCCCCACGUAUAAUAUAACUCGGCCUUUUUUGGAAAAGAUUAUAUUCCAAUUGAUAUCCGGCCAUCUUCCUAAAAAUGCGAGACCUGAAAACCCUGAAGGUUGAGUUUCAUCAUCCAACAAAAGCUGAAGUACUCGUGCAUACCAUUAGUCUGCCAAAAGAAAGCACAGUGGGGGAUCUGAUUAACAACCUCAAGACAAAGGUUGAGUUGUCGAAUCAAGAUGCAGAGCUUCGAUUGGUUGAGGUUUUUUAUCACAAGAUUUACAAGAUUUUUCCUCUCGACGAAAAAAUUGAGCACCUUAUGGAUCAGUACUGGACAUUGCGUGCUGAGGAGAUUCCAGAGGAGGAAAAGAAGCUGGGUCCCCAGGAUCGUUUGAUUCAUGUAUAUCAUUUUACAGAAGAUGCUAAUGGUCAACUUCUGAAUUUUGGGGAACCAUUUUUUUUGGUCAUUCGAGAAGGUGAAACACUAGCUGAAAUUAAAGCACGCAUACAGAAGAAAUUACAAGUUCCUGAUGAGGAAUUCUCCAAGUGGAAGUUUGCAUUUGUAUCUUUGGGCCGGCCUACAUACCUUCAGGAUUCUGAUGUUGUCUCCACCCGUUUUCAGGGACGAGACAUUUAUGGUGCUUGGGAACACUACUUGGGGUUGGAGCACUCCGAAAAUACACACAAACGUUCAUAUGCUCCAAGUCAGAAUGGAAACACAUCCAAGAAGCUAGAAGCAUAACAUCAGCAAAGGUUGUACCAGUUUGUUUACCAUCUUUUAAAAGAUGCGCAAGGACAUUCUGGGAAAUUAAUGUUAGAUGAAUGAAGGCGACAUAGCACCAACCGAAACCUAAUCUUAGUGACGGUUGCGUUUAUGUGGAAUAGUGCUGCUUGUUUUCUCUUUUAAUUCGCUAUUAUGUUGUUUAAAAGAAUUUGUGUGGAACGCUUGUUUUCUCUUUUAAUUGGCUAUUAUGUUGUUUAAAAAACCAGAAACCGUUGUAGUGUUGUUAAAUCCCUUUUCUGACAAUGGCGAUGGCAAUGGACUUUUCUUUUUAA